AUGUUAGCGGUGCAUGCAGGGCAGAUGGACGGGUCCCGACAGAGCGCCUUCCUCCUCAGCACCCCCCCUUUAGCAGCUCUUCACAGCAUGACCGAGAUGAAGACCCCGCUGUACCCGGCGUACCCGCUCUCCUCCCCGGGGCCCAACUGCUCCACGUCCCCGGCCACCACGUCCCCUAACCCGGGCGGGAUCGCCGUGUCGGUGUCCUCUAAGAGCUCCACGGCUGGGGGCCAGCUGUCCUCGGGGCUCGGAUCUCCGCAGCAGUGUUCCUCCGCGACCCCGCACGGAAUAAACGACAUCCUGAGCCGGCCCCCCGCGUCCGCAGCCGCCGCUUCUUGUUCCUCUGCUGCGGCGGGGAUUCUGUCCGGUUUGCCCCGGUUCAGCAGCCUCAGCCCGCCGCCGCCCCCCGGACUUUACUUCAGCCCCGGGGCCGCGGCGGUGGCCGCCAGUGUGGCCCGGUACCCGAAGCCUCUUGCGGAGCUGCCGGGCCGGACGCCCAUCUUCUGGCCCGGAGUCAUGCAGAGCGCGCACUGGAGGGACGCCGCCAGGUUCGCGUGUUCACCGCAUCACAACUCGGUGCUGCUGGACAAAGACGGGAAGAGGAAACACACGCGGCCCACUUUCUCUGGACAGCAGAUCUUCGCUCUGGAAAAGACUUUUGAACAAACGAAAUAUCUGGCGGGGCCGGAGAGAGCGCGCCUGGCUUAUUCUCUGGGCAUGACCGAGAGCCAAGUCAAGGUGUGGUUCCAGAACCGGAGGACUAAAUGGAGGAAAAAGCACGCGGCGGAGAUGGCCACGGCCAAGAAGAAGCAGGACUCGGAGACCGAGAGGCUGAAGGGGACCUCGGACAACGAGGACGAGGACGACGACUACAACAAGCCCCUGGACCCGAACUCAGACGACGAGAAGAUCACACAGCUGCUGCAGAAACACAAGCCGCUGCUGCUGCACACUUCAGAGAACGACAGCUCCUAAGACACACACACACACACACACACACACACACACAUAUAUAUUAUAUAUAUACACAUAUAUCUGCCUAUAUGUUCCCGCGGACUGACAGAAAGGGAACUCUCGGAGUCGAACAUUUCAACCUGUUGGGACACAAAGAGGACUUUUACUUUGUAAAUACAAAAGCGUGAGUUGCAUCCAAAAAUCAA